UGUCAUUGGCUGAAGGCUUCCCUCUGUCAUUGGUACUGCACGAUCAGUAGUGAAGGUGAGGAGACAUUUACCGACAGACGUACAUCAGGUCACAGCACUGUAGUUCACAAAAUACUGAGUUUAAUGGAACCAGCUAAGGAAGAAGAAAGCAGUGUUCAAGAUGAGGCUGUGGACAAAAGCAACUUUAAGAACUGCAACCACAUUGCUUUCUACAGGCGUCAGAAACUUUUGCAUCCUGGGAAGUCCUUGUAUCGAGCAUUGUUGGAUUCGGUUACAUUAUGCAAUGAUAGUGUCAAACUCCAAAUAAUUAAUGAGGAGAAUAAGGUUCCUCUCCUAGUGGAAAUCUAUGCAAUAGAAGGCAACAUUUUCAGGCUUAAAAUUAAUGAGGUAGCUCCUCUCAAAUCAAGGUAUGAAGUCUCUGAUGUUCUCAUAAAAGAACCUAACACUCAGAGGCUCUCUAUAGCCCAGAAGGAGGCAGGUAUUCUGGUACUGACAUGUGUCGGUGAGGACCGCAAGCUUCAUGUCACAGCAAAUCCAUUCCAGAUAGAACUAGAGUCCAAGGGUGAGACUAUACUGAGUGUGAACACCAGUGGCCUGUUGUACUUCGAGCAUCUACAACCGCCACCCCAAAACAGCAAAACUACAGCACUAAAGAAAGAGGACACAUCAAUUGACUCCUCGCAGGAAAAUCAAGAGGAUCUGGGUCUCUGGCAAGAGGAAUUUGGCAGUUUUUUAGACAUCAAAGCUAACGGUCCCAGUUCCAUAGGCUUGGAUUUUUCUUUGCAUGGAUGUGAACAUGUCUAUGGAAUACCAGAGCAUGCAGAAACACUUCUCCUCAAAAACACCAGUGACGAUGAUGCCUACCGGCUUUUUAACUUGGAUGUCUAUGGGCACAAGAUCUAUGACAAAAUGGGCAUUUAUGGUUCAGUGCCCUUUCUGUUAGCACAUAAACCUGACAGAACUUCUGGGAUCUUCUGGCUGAAUUCCUCAGAAACUCUAGUGGAGAUUAAUACAAAAGCUGUAAUGGAGCAUGUACCAUCCAGAUCCCCUCCAGACAUAACUAAGCAGAGAGUGGUGCCUCAAACUGAUGUGCACUGGAUGUCAGAAAGUGGAAUAAUUGAUGUUUUCCUCCUAAUGGGACCCACCCCUUUUGAUAUCUUCAAGCAGUAUGCACAAUUGACAGGCACUCAAGCCCUGCCUCCACUCUUUUCCUUGGGCUACCACCAGUGCCGCUGGAACUAUGAGGAUGAGCAGGAUGUAAAGGCAGUAGACGCUGGCUUUGAUGAGCAUGACAUCCCUUAUGAUGUUAUAUGGCUGGACAUAGAGCACACAGAGAGCAAGAGGUACUUCACGUGGGACAAGAAAAAAUUCCAACACCCCGAAAGGAUGCAGGAACUGCUCAAGAGAAAAAAACGCAAGCUUGUCGUCAUUAUAGAUCCUCACAUUAAGGUUGAUCCCAUGUACACCCUAUACUCUGAGGCCAAAAAGAAGGGGUAUUUUGUGAAGGAUAGGAAAGGCCAAGACUUUGAGGGCAUCUGUUGGCCAGGUUCCUCUUCUUACCUGGAUUUUACCAAUCCUGAAGUCCGAGAAUGGUAUGCAGAUCAGUUUUCCUUCAAAUCAUAUAAGGGCUCUACUGACAUCCUGUUUGUAUGGAAUGAUAUGAAUGAGCCUUCAGUCUUCAAAGGGGCAGAACUAACCAUGCAGAGAGAUGCAGUCCACCAUGGCAACUGGGAGCACCGGGAGGUUCACAAUCUCUAUGGCUUUUACCAGCAAAUGGCAACUGCAGAAGGACUUAUCAAACGCUCUGGGGGACAGAACAGGCCAUUUGUCCUCACGCGAUCUUUCUUUGCUGGAUCACAGAAGUAUGGUGCAGUAUGGACAGGAGACAACGUAGCAGAGUGGAGUUACUUAAAAAUCUCCAUUCCAAUGUUGCUCACAAUCAGCAUUGCAGGAAUUUCAUUCUGUGGAGCUGAUGUGGGCGGGUUUAUUGGGGACCCAGAACCAGAGCUACUUGUUCGCUGGUAUCAGGCUGGUGCAUACCAACCAUUCUUCAGAGGCCAUGCAAAUAUCGAAAGCAAACGGCGUGAACCAUGGCUAUUUGGGGAUGAGAACACACGGAUCAUCAGGGAAGCCAUUAGAGAGCGCUACACCCUUCUGCCCUACUUGUAUUCACUGUUCUACCGGGCACACACCACUGCGGAACCAGUCAUGAGGCCUCUCUGGGUAGAGUUCCCCAAGGAACAAGAAACUUUUGGUGUGGAAGACGAAUACAUGCUGGGAAACGCUUUACUGGUGCAUCCAGUCAUUGAACAAGAGGCCACUACAGUGAACGUUUUACUGCCUGGGUCAGAUGAGGUUUGGUAUGACCUCAGAAGAUUUAGACGACUAGACUAUCCAGGGACUCUGAAGAUCCCAGUAACACUGGAGAGUAUUCCAGUGUUCCAGCGAGGUGGGAGUGUGGUGCCCCUUAAGACCACAGUAGGAAGAUCCACUGAAUGGAUGACAGAUAUUUCUUAUGAACUCCGUGUUGCUCUGGAUUCCAAGGACUUUGCAGUAGGUGAGCUCUAUCUAGAUGAUGGACAUUCAUUUCAGUACCUCCAUAAGAAGCAAUUCCUGCACAGGAAAUUCAUUUUCCACAAGAAUGUUUUCUCUUCCAGCUGUGCUGAUGAAAUUGGGCAGUACCACACGAAAUGUGUAGUUGAACGGGUACUAAUUCUGGGAGUUCAAAAGCAACCCACAUCUGUGACAGCCAGUCUCCAGAGUAAGAGAGAUGGGAAAGACAAGGAAGUGGUUUUCACAUAUGAUGCCAAGACCUCCACGUUGACACUGGAAAAACUAUUAUUAAAUGUUGGUGCUGACUGGGAAAUUCACAUCAAGUGAGAGGAGAAACUGCGUCUUCAGAGAACUGGAUGGAAAGUUGAAAGGAAAUGGUUUUGAAGGACUUAAAUUGCUCUCUUGAAUCUGACUAGUUUGAAAUAAUGAAGGCAGAACUAUAGCAGCUCCAGGCUAAUCUUUCUUAACAUUUUCUUUUAAAAGAUUGAUUUAAUUUAGAUUUAACAAGCUCUUCCCUGGUCAGUACCUGGCAAAAGUAAUAGUAAUGAGAUCAUGUCACUGGAAAAGGCUCAUGGCUGUCCUGCCAAGGCUGGUUUGUUUUUGGCAAACAGGAUUCUGCAGGCAGUGGGCUAAAUUCUGCCCUUCCUUGCACCCAUGCAAUAAAGUCCUCCAUUAGGCUGUGGAAGACACUGGGCCUGGUUUUCAAGGUCUUAAACCCAAGAAUUUCUAGUUUUUAAAUUUCAGGCAGUUUUCUAAGUGUCUGCAAAUCACUGCUAUCUUGACUGUUCAGCGAAUAGGGAAUUUCUGAGAGGGAGGAGGGGAGGAGCCCUGAAUCAGUUCGAUCAAAUAGCAUUGAUGAAUCUAUGAAAUGAAAAGGACUAAAAUUUAUGUCUAGGACACUGUGUGCAAACUACCUUGGGCAGAACCAACUUGAAUGAGUGUGAUUACUUCUGUUACAAGCAUUCCCCUUCUGUCCCCACAGCACCUAGUCCACAAGACAAGGAACAGCCCUAGGGUAUGUCUACACUACGAAAUUAGGAAAGUAAAUAACAGAGCUGGGUGAACAGUUCAGCAGUUGAAUCUGAACUCAGCCCAAAGUUAAGAUUUGGGAGGACAGUAUGUACCAGGUGAUGUGAGUGAAUAAAGGAUAAUAUGGGAAUGGGGAAAUCCCAUUAAAUAUUUAUUUCUAGACUUUAUAACAUUUAGAUUUUUAAAAGGUGCCCAAUUUUUAUAAAGGAUAAUAUUGGGUUUGGGUAUUAACUGGACUCCCAUAAACACUUUCUAUCACAACACUUUUUCCCACUCCCAAUGUGUUUUGGUUGGGGGGAUUGCCCAAGGUUUUAUUUGAAUGAGUACCAACUGUUUAAAUAGAAGGCCUGCACAAGAGAAGUUUUGCUCUUACAGAUCUUAUAAGACGUGUUACUGUAGGGCUCUCUUUCUGCAGACUUUAGCCCAGGGGUGGGCAAAGUGUGGCCCGCAGGCCACAUACGGAUCUCCAGCUGGUUUAAUCCGGCCCUCGAGUUCCCCGCUGGGGAGCGGGGUCUGGGGUUUGCUCUGCUCCCACGCUCCAGCCAGGGAGCAGGGUCAGAGGCUGCUCUGCGCACGCGUGCCAAGGCUCCCGGAAGCAGCAGCUAGUCCCCACCUCCGGCUCCUAUGUUUAGGGGCAGCCUGGGGGCUCCGCGCACUGCCCGCCCCAACCGCAGCUCCCAUUGGCCGGGAACUGUAGCUAACGGGAGCUGCAGGGGCAGGGCCUGUGGAUGGGACACCUGGCUGCCUGGCCGCAUCUCUGCAUAGGAGCUGGAGGGGGGACGUGCCGCUGCUUCCAGGAGCUGCUUGAGAUAAGCGCCGCCCGGAGCCUGCACCCCUGAACUCCUCCCAUGCCCCAAGCCCCAGCCAGAGCCCUCCCCCCCCCGCACCCCAACUCCCUGCCUCAGCCUGGAGCCCCCUGCUGCACCCUGAACUCCUCAUUUUUGGCCCCACCCCAGAGCCUGCACCCCCAUCCGGAGCCCUCACCCCCUCCUGUACCCCAACCCCAAUUUCAUGAGCAUUCAUGUCCCACCAUACAAUUUCCAUACCCAGAUGUGGCCCUCGGGCCAAAAAGUUUGCCCACCCCUCCUGCUUUAGCCGGUCCUUGGGCGGGGGGGCGGCGGGGGAGGUGCUCACACAUGCCUGAAUGCAUGCAGUAGGGACAAGGUGCUUUUACCUUAGUGAGCUGAGGUUGGAAGAUGGGAAUGGAGGAUACUGUUCCAUACUGAAAACUUUAAAAUGUUUAAAGUUUUCAUUUUUAUAAUAUAAAAAUGUUAAACAUUUUAAAGUUUUAACAUGUUUAAAAGACUCUGCUUUUACCUGUCCUCUCCCAUGCUCCCUCCCCAAUUCCCUACACCUCCUCCUAUUGCCAUCAUAGUCUCCUGCUCCCACCCCUUCUUCACCCUUUGCUCCUGCCUUCCAGAGUCCCCUCUUCCAAGACCAGGUUACACAGCUCCAUGCCACUGUACCCCCAAGUCUUUGCCUCUCCCAGCCCACUGUCACUGGUCAAUGGUUAGUUUAAACUGUUUGCCCAGCCCUACUUAAUAAUAUCCAUUUUGUUAUAAGUCAUAUGUUAUUUAAAAAAACAAGCCAAAGUCAGCUCUGAUGCAAACCUGUGAAUGAAGUCAAUUGGUUAUAUGGAUGUAAGCAAGCAGAAUUCACUCCAUUCUUUUAGCAAAAUGAAGAGGAUAGUAAAUAGUUUGCUUGCCUCUUCAGAUAUUCUCUUGUUGCAUGCAUGUGGGUGGUGGGGAAUAGAGAGAGGAUCUCUAACUCCACACUGACCAGCAAAUACCAACAAGCUUGUACAUGUGCUAGCUUUUCCCACUAAACCUACGCAGUGCUUAGUCAAUCAGUUCCACCUGCUGCAGUUAUUCUCUGUAGGGGAUUUCUGGGAGUGCCAAGUUUCAACACACAGCAUUAACUGUUACCAUUAUAUUCUAAAUGACUGACUGCAACUUAUUCAAACAAACCCAUUCCACAAGGGACCCUGAGGAUCUCCCUGUCCUUUAUUCUGAGGAACUGUCUUUACUUUCCUCCCCCUUUAAAAUUAUAUGCUCCCUCAAGCAGAUGUGAUCAGUGAGACUUUGACCAAGCACUAAAUGUUGGGGACCUGAAGAUUUCUGUUUAAAUCACAGUUGAGCCAAUCCAUGUUGGGUGACCUGAGGUGAAUCCUUUGUCUCCUUGAGCCUCAAAUAGUCCAGUUUGAAAACAAGAGGAUUUCACUGAUCUGAGCUUUCCAAGGGACAGAAAUGACAAAAACAGGGCCAAAUUCUGGCCUUAGUUAUGCCAGUGUAACCUUUAAGAGAGGGCAACAUUUGAUCCAUGCUAAGAAAAUUAUCUUCCUACCUCAAAAAUUAGGUAAAAAGUACUGGUUCUCCUCUUCAAGGACACAAGGGGCCUGACUCUGCUCUCACAUUGAUUUUACAUGGUGUAACUCCACUGACUUCAGUGGAUUCACUCCUACACCAGCAUAAGUGAGAGGAGAAUUGGGCCCUAGCUUUCUACCAGUGUGUGAGUUUUACAUAAAAUCUCUCUCUAACAGAGUUCAUUAUUGCUUCCUGCUUCUGAACAUGACUUGAUUGCUGUUGCUGGAGUGGUUAACAUUCCAUUAGAAUGCUACAGACAUUUUAUCUUGAUCUUAUGAAGUGUGAAGGAAGAUGUAAUAAAUGAACAAAGAUUGUUUUCAUCAUGAAAUAAGUCUUACGCCUUAUUUCUUCCAUCCUUCUUCCCACCAUGGAGAUCCACAAAUAAGCAUCCUUUGAAAUGCACCAUUUUAGUACAAAGUGGAGGCUAUAGCGCUCUACUGCUAGUUAGACUGUGCCCGUCACUGUGAUAUCUGAGCACCGAGCAAAUAAUUUAUUUGCUAAAUUUACAAGUAGCAAAAUCUUUAGGUCUGAGGACUUAGCUAAACUAUGGUUCCAGGAGCAACAUUCACAUUAUGUUUUUAUAACAGCUAUUACUUGUUUUCUGUAUAUUAAUAUAAUAGUGCGGGCAAGGCAAAUAAUGAACAUUUUUACAUGUUGACUCAUGCUGUUAGCAACUGAAGACUGAUAAAUAAUUCAAAUAAUAUAUUAAAAUAAAACAAAUUGGAGAUCAAAUGUAAUGAAAAUUAAAUAGAAACAUUAUUACAGGUGUAUCUGAUUUAGUUGGUUCUUUGCUUGAGCAGUAAAUUUAUUUUAUUCCGCCUGA